AUGAGGACUCCAGUGGAUGUCAUAAAACAAGUUGCAGUCACGCUGUAUUACUUGAGUGAUGAGGGAAGGUUACGAAUGACAAACAAUGCUUUUGGUAUUUCAAGACAAGUUGUAUCUAAGAUUGUAGGUAAAGUAUAUAAGGCCAUCACUGUCCAUCUUGGAAAGAAGUAUAUAAAAUUUCCUUUCACAGAAGAAGAAGUGACAAACCUGGUGAAGAAGUUCCAUAGAGCACAUGGUUUUUUCCAGUGUUUAAGCGCCAUAGACGGGACUCAUAUACAAAUUAAACAGCCCAAAACCAACUCGACAGAUUAUAUCAACAGAAAAAGCCAUUGCACGUUAAAUGUUCAAACUGCAUGUGAUUAUAACUAUUGUCUUAUGGAUGUUGUAGUGAAGUGGCCAGGAAGUGUCCAUGAUGCCAGAGUCUUUUCCAAUUCAAAGCUCAGUUUCUUUCUUAAAAGUGAGACCAUCCCACCAGGUAGACGACAGGUGCCUCCUGAUGAAGAACCGAUUCCAGUUUUGCUGCUUGGAGACCCUGCAUACUCCCUGAUGCCAUAUAUUAUGAAGGAAUACUCAAAUGGUGGGUCCACAAUUCAAGAGCAGUACUUCGGCAUGACACUAUGCCAGUCAG